CAAGCUAGCAGUCCCGCAGUCAGCGGCCGUGAGGUCUCACGGCAGCAACCAUGAAGUUCGUUCGCUUUAUUAUGAAAAAUGCCGCCCUGGCCAGCGUACCCAAACAUAUCGAACAUUUCUCCAAAUUCUCUCCUUCGCCGCUUUCCAUGAAGCAAUUCCUGGACUUUGGAUCCAUAAACGCCUGCGAGAAGACGUCUUUCGCCUUCCUGAGACAGGAGCUCCCGGUGCGACUCUCCAACAUCAUGAAGGAGAUCAACCUGCUGCCCGGCAAGCUGCUCACCACGCCGUCCGUGCAGACGGUGCAAGGAUGGUACAUCCAAAGUUUGAUGGAAAUCCUGGAAUUCCUGGACAAGAAUCCAGAUGACCAUAAAGUCCUGGGAGAGUUCGUGGACGCCUUGGUGACCAUCAGGAACCGGCACAACGACGUGGUGCCGACCAUGGCGCAGGGCAUCAUCCAGUACAAGGAGGCCUUCCCUCAGGACGCCGUCACCAACCAGAACAUCCAGUACUUCCUGGAUCGCUUCUACAUGAGCCGCAUCUCCAUCCGCAUGCUCAUCAACCAGCACACUCUCAUCUUUGACGGCACCACCAACCCGGUUCACCCCAACACCAUCGGAAGCAUCGACCCGCACUGCCAAGUGGGCGACGUGGUGGAAGACGCCUUCCACAGCGCCAAGAUGUUGUGCGAGCAGUACUACCUGCGCUCGCCCGACCUCUUCCUCACGGAGAUGAGCGGCAAACCGAGGCAGCAGCAGCAGCCCAUCAGCAUCGUCUACGUGCCCUCGCACCUCUACCACAUGCUCUUUGAGCUCUUCAAGAACGCCAUGAGGGCCACCAUCGAGACGCACCACAACAGGGACCUGCCGCCCAUCCAGGUUCUGGUAUCUCUGGGAGGAGAGGACCUGUCCAUCAAGGUGAGUGACAAGGGAGGAGGGGUUCCCUUCCGGAAGAUCGAGAACCUCUUCAGCUACAUGUACUCUACCGCCCCGGCACCGCAGAUUGGAGAACACAUUCGGCCUCCACUGGCCGGCUUCGGUUAUGGGCUGCCCAUCUCGCGUCUCUACGCCAAGUACUUCCAGGGCGACCUGCAGCUCUUCUCCAUGGAAGGCCACGGCACCGACGCCGUCAUCUACUUGAAGGCGCUGUCGACAGACUCGGUGGAGAGGCUGCCAGUGUACAACAAGACGGCCCUAAGGAACUACAAAGUCAGCCAGGAAGCAGACGACUGGUGCAUCCCCAGCAGAGAACCCCUGGACCUGAGCAACUACAGGGUGGCCAAGUGAAACCUCUUCCAGAGCGUGUAGAACCCCCGCCACCCCCACCCAUCCCACCCCCUCGGCAAGCAUUCCUGCGCCAUCACGGACCAGGCUGGUUUCAGUCAUAGCGCUAGCAUCUUUUUUUCGCUCCCACUUUGGCUUCUUUUUGCGAGGGAAGGGACACGUGUGGCGAGACUCCGGCGAGCGGCGCCAUCAAGGGCGGCGCCCGGCCCGGAGACUAAGGAGGACGGACAAUCUGGGUAGAAGGUGCCGAGCUGCAGGGUGAAAGUCCACCCAAAGGAUCCUACUUGAAGCGUCGUGGUCCAUUCUGUGCAUGCAUUUGAACACAGCGUUGCAUCUUUUCAGUCAUGUGAUCUCGUCACCAUGGCUACCAUCACUGUGCCUUUGUGACGCCCACGCGCAUGUUUCCUCAUACAAGGUGAACUCAAAUGCUAUUUUUGAUAACUGGUGUGAGGACUGCUUGUGAAUACUGUAAAUAGAGCAGAUAUUAAAGACCACUACUGAUGGACA